AUAAACCCCUGUACGUGAAAUCAGUGGAUGAAACACUGUUGAGGAAUACGGCCGUAACCAUCUCUUUUUCAGUAACAACACGCGUUUCUCAUACAGCUAUAUAGAUAUAUGUUUUUCUCUCUCGAAGACUGCCAUUAUUUACGUGGAUAUAAUAUUAUGUUGUUUAGAUGGCUUAACGGCCGGGGACGGAAUGUUAAUCUCACCAACGCUUCUCCAAGAUAUCCGCGUUGACCAGUAUCUGAACUCCUGGGACAUGAACAUGGACAUCGCCGAUGGAUCGGAGGAUCUUUCCUUGGAGGAGAUUUUAUCAUUGUACAGCCAGCCGAUCAACGAAGAGCAGGCGUGGGCUGUUUGUUACCAAUGUUGCAGAACUUUAGCGCGGAAACACCGGAAGACAAAUUCCAAGACUUCUGGCUCAUCUGUUGGGGAUUUGACGAGAAGGAUAGAAGGACCUGGAGAUGUACGGAUUCUGAGAGAUGGAACGGUUACAUUGCACCACCAAGACAGCACAGAUAAAUCCAGACCUCCCAACACUUCCUUAGAGGUGAUUGAAUCUCUGGGAAUCAUGAUCUACAAGGCGUUGGACUACAGUCUGAAGGAGAGCGAGGAGAGAGAGCUCAGUCCGCCUCUGGAACAACUCAUCGACAUGAUGACCAACAUGGCAGAGAAGGAGAGGGACAGUGACCCCUGCCCUGAUGAAGGUUACGAGGCCACCGAGGAGGAGGAAGACGAGGGAGACCCAAACACUGUCUGUCACGUAAAAGGAUUCAGAGACAUCAUCAUGCUGUGUACGUCCCACCUGCCCAGCCCCUCUGAUGCCCCUAACCACUACCAGGCUGUGUGUCGGGCGCUCUACACCGAGACCAGAGAGCUACGCACCUUCCUGGAGAAGAUCAGGAGUGCCAAAGAGAACCUGCGGCGGAUGGAGGGUGACACGAGAGAGGAACCAGUCAGAGAUCUCAACGAGCUACAGAACGCUGACUGGGCGAAGUUCUGGAUGCAGGUGAUGGGUGAUCUGCGUAACGGGGUCAAGCUGAAGAAGGUCCAGGAGAGACAAUACAGCCCUCUACCUAUAGAGUUCCAGCUCACACCUUACGAGAUGCUGAUGGACGACAUCCGCUUCAAACGAUACAAACUACGGAACGUCAUGCUGAAUGGAGACAUCCCUCCCAGGUUAAAGAAGAGUGCUCACGACGUCAUCCUGGACUUCAUCCGCUCCAGACCACCUCUCAACCCUGUUGCUGCCAGGAAGUUGAAGCCCCACCCUGCGCGGCCGCGAAGCCUCCAUGAGCGCCUCCUAGAGGGCAUCAAACAGGAAAGGAAGCUACGGCCUGUAUCACCUGACAUGACCCGGCGCAGUCACCUGGGAGCAGUCAAAAGCAUCAGCACCCCUCAAGAUCUGAACCGCUGCUCAGACCUGUCCAGUCCGGAUGCCCUCAGAAAGCACGCCAGCAGCAGCAGUACCCAGGCCCUGUCCUGUCCACCAGCUCACGAGGUGGGAGGGGCUCUUGGUCAGAGGAAGAGGCUGCUGAAGGCUCCCACGCUGGCUGAACUCUACAGCUCCGAGUCUGACGAUGAGUCCAGUCACAGCUCCUCCAGUUUGUCGACAUCCAUUUUGGACGCCUCGUCUCCUGAAUCUGUCCUGGGGAAGAACACACCCCCUAGGUUCCUGCCCAUCUCCAUGACUCCCCAGCCUGACAGUCGCCCCUCCCCUCAGAGGAGACGCUCCAUUGAGAAGGAGCCCCCCACCAGCGUACGACCCUUCACAGCCCCCACCAGACAGAGCUCCAAGUCUCUGGAGGACUUCUGCUACCCUGUAGAGUGUCUGGCUCUAACAGUAGAAGAGGUGAUGCACAUCAGACAGGUUCUGGUCAAAGCUGAGCUGGAGAAGUUCCAACAGUACAAAGACAUCUACAACGCACUGAGGAAAGGAAAGCUGUGCUUCUCCUGUCAGACUAAAAGGUUCUCCUUCUUCACCUGGUCCUACACCUGCCAGUUCUGCAAAAGGCCUGUGUGCUCGCAGUGCUGUAAAAAGAUGAGACUUCCCUCUAAGCCGUAUGCCAACCUGUCCGUCUCCUCUCUGGGUCCUACUGACACUCUACCCAGGGAGGAGGCUGGCGGGACAUCAGCCUUGGACACCCCGGAGAAGCCCUCGUCCAGCCAGCACCACAGCCUGACCGUCUCAAGGUUAUCUGAAUACAACAGCGGUGAGGGGUCUCGUGACGAGCCGGAGCUGGAUCUUCCCAAAGAGCUGACCGACGACUGGUGUACCAUGGAGGUCUGCAUCAACUGUAAGAAGUUCAUCUCUGAGAUAGUCUGCAGCAGCAAGCUCUCUCUAACCCUGGCCACCAAGCGAGCCCGUCUGAAGAGGAAGACCCAGUCCUUCUACUUGUCUUCGCCGAACACGGACGAUUACAGACCCUCUGAGAGGACCGUCAACCAGGUUUAGUUUUAGGGUUAGACCUCUCGCUCUCUCGUCCCCUCCUUGGGGGGGGGGGGACCCUGUUCCCUAGAUAGUGCACUACAUUUGACCAUGGACCCUGGUAGUGCACUACAUUAGAGUUCAUAGGGGACCAGGCUACAGGACCCUGGCUGUCACAGUACUCUAUGGACCCUGGCUGUCACAGUACUCUAUGGACCCUGGCUGUCACAGUACUCUAUGGACCCUGGCUGUCACAGUACUCUAUGGACCCUG